AUGUUCUACUGCUGCCUAUACCCUCCUCCUCCAUAUUGCACGGCUGACGUUUGCUUCUCACCAGGCCUGGCUGCCUCUGCUGUACCCAAAGACAAUGCUUCUCCCCAUGCGCCUCCUCCUGCAGCCUGGCUUUCCUGCUUGCCUCACCUCUUCCAAGUCACCAUUGACCGAGGUUAUCUCCGGAGGCUGGGCUACUCCUCCUGGGACAUCCACUUAAAUGAUGAGCUGUGUCGUCCCCACGUCACGGGGCGCUAUCUGAUCUUCAACAUUCCCUAUGGUCACUGUGGCACCGUCAGACAGGAAAGUCUCGGCUCCCUCAGCUACUCCAACUCCAUCAGAAGCCGAACACGGGGCCACCCUGGCCGAGUCAUCGUGCGACACAAGGUGCCUCAGCUGAAGUUCACCUGCAGGGCGGAUGACCCAUCUGCAGUUGACAUCAGUCCCGGGGCUGACGUCCCAAGGGAGAGCGUCGGCUAUGAUGUGUCCAUAUCCUUCCUCGAAUCGCCCAUCAGCCUGGGGCCACACUAUGCCAGCCAGAGGAAAGGGGUCUUCCUCCAGGUCACACUCCAGAGCCCCGACCCCAGCCUGAGGCUCUUUGUGGAUACCUGUGUGGCUUCUCCAGAUCCCCGUGAUUUUACGACUGUCAAGUACGAUUUGAUCCGGCACGGGUGCAUCAAAGACAAAAGCUAUGUCAACCUCCACUCCCACCAGAAGAACACGGCCCAGUUCAAGUUCAACGCCUUCAACUUUCUCAGCAGCUAUGAUGUGGUGUAUCUGCAGUGUGAGGUCGCCGUGUGCAAAGUGGGGGACCAUUCCUCCCGCUGCUCCCAGGGCUGUGCAGAGCGGAGUAAGAGGGAUGUGGGCCCCGAAGAGACCACAGAAGAGCGGACUGAGCAUCUCCAAGUGGUGGGGCCACUGGAAGUCCACAGAGGGACGGGUCGGAACAAGACCCUUGUUUGAUUUCUCCACUUUUCACGUGAUUCUGUUAUUAGAAAGCAAAGUCUAUUUCCCUUCCGCAAUGUAAUAAGUUUGAGAAAUCAGAAGUUGUCCACACAGCGACAGGUGAAACUGCUAAAGAAGUUCUCUCUGAAGUUUGUUGCUAAAUAAACCUUCUCUGAUUACUAAACUUC